AUGUGUAUGGAACUCGGUGGAAGUGCAACAAAAGACGAUGUGUUAUUCCCAGCGUCAUUAGCGGUCAUACCGGUAUACCACCUCCAAAAGGUGACCGAGGAGUCACCUUUUUACAAGCAGAAUCGAUAUUCAGUGUUUUGGGGGUACUAGUACCAAUCGGAGUACGUAAGUAUCACUAAAUAUAAGUAAAAUUCUCAGUCAACGAUACUUUAAGUACGCUAAGUUACUGCUUUAAGUUCGCUACGAUCAUUACGAUCGUCAACGGCGCCCACCUUUAUUCAGUGAUUAAAGCUACAUUUCUGUGAUAAAACUGGCCUCUUCAUUGAAAUACUAGCUGGCUUUAUUAGUAACUGUUCUAACAUCUUGUUAAGUCAUGAAGUCAAUCCAAGGGUCUGGUACUUUAGAGCAAUCGUCCUUUCUUUGCCACGUUUCGCUGUCGUUCGAUUCCUCUUCAGUCAUCUACGUACGUUACUUCUACUCUUUUCUACCUUUCGCGGCCAACGAAAACCAAUUACAUGAAUUCUGAGGAUUAUGAUAUGAGCAGUUAUUUCGUUAUCGUUUAUUACGUUUGGAUCAAGUGUUUAAUUCUGGCUUAUAUUUGCCUAUUUUGAUAUUUGCUUUUUGUUUCUUUUUCUUAGCUAUUUGUCGACAGUGCAGAGACAAAGUAAAAAAAAUCUGUCAAGAAGAAAAACUAACAAAUUGUCAAGUAGACAGUUCUACAAAAAAAGUCCAAGAGAGAACAAGCAGUUUGCAUGCAACGAAACAGUGCUCUGAUUUAAGCAUCGACGAUUGCGAUAGAAAGGAAUGUGAAGGAAUUUAUAGUGAUGCUGAUGUUGAUGACGGCGUUAGGGAUCUUUCUAAAUUCCAUGCGGAUGGCAACAGCAUUGAGGGUAGCCUUUAUAGUUGUAGUAAAGGCGAUGACAUCUGCAAAGUUCAAGUGCCCGGUGGCGUUGGUGAUAGUGGUAGUAACGAUUGUUCGUGUAGCGAUGAUAAUUUUGGUUGCAAUAACGUUGGUGAUGAGAGAGAUGUUGGCGUUGAUAUUAAUAAUCAGGAAGAUGACGGCUGUGAUUAUGUUUGCACUCUGGCCGCUCCAAAUGACACUGUUAGUGGUCGGGAUGAUAAUGGUGAUAGUGGCGGAAAUAGUGGUGAUAAUGAUGUUUGUUGUGGAGACACUAGUGGGACCGAUUGUGGAUAUAAAGGCAACUCCCUGGUAAGCUACAUUUGUUUUUCAGGUAUCUGUUUCUAUACGAGCUACAUCUUACCAAUUUGAAAAGCAAUUGACUUUAACGAGUUGAAAAUUGAGAAAAUUUUAGCCUUUCUCCCCUGGUUACCAAUGAUUAAAAUUUCUAAAACUAAAACAACUUAUUAAUUAAAUUUGCAGGUUCUUUCACCCAUAGAAGCUGAGAGAAGAAAGUUACAAAAAGUCGAAAAAGAAAGAGUAAGUCUCGUUGCAGAUGCGAUGAGAUCGCAUGUGGUAGAAUUUAGAAAAACUCAGUUGAACGAAUUUCUUAAAAGUUCUGGCUUAGCUCCAGUUCGUAAGGUAGACAUGGGAUCACCAACAGCAGCAGAAAGAACAAGAAGAAGAAACAUAGCUGAAGCAUGCCAAGUUAUGGUUGCUGUUUUGCGAGUACUGUCACCAAAUUAUCCCUGUGAACUGUGGCUAAACGUAAAGGACUCUAACGACAUGUGUGAAGCUUUAGAAGUACGUAAAGAGGUUGCCUUAAGAGAAGAUGACGUGAAGUGUCUGCGAGCGCUUUCUGAAUCAUACAAUAACGCCACAAGUGCAAAUGUUAAACUGCAAAUUCUUUCUAUAAUGGCGGAUAUCACCACGUUGCAAGAAAUACGCAAUUACAUUCCAGGCCUAACAAAAUAUAUGUUUUGUCAAGCAAGACAACAUAUUUUAGUUUCUGGGCGAGGAGCUCCUGUAAUUGCAAAACAAAGCCCGAGAUGGAGAAUCGAUCUUAACCAGUUGGAUCACUUCUUGGAUUUUAUUACCAGUCCCUACAUCGUGCAGGAUUUACCAUUCGGUGAACGGUUUCUGAAAUUGUCGACUGGGGAAGUAGUGCAGACACCGAAUGUUAUCAGAGUAUCGGUCAGCGGACACAUCAUUGACCAAUACGUACAGUAUUGCAACGAAACAGAGGUGAAACCUCUAAGCAACAGCACAUUACGACGCAUUUUAUCCUCCUGUCAGGCAUCUACGCGAAAGUCCUUACAAGGUCUCGAUUACUUUGUUUGUGAGGGUAGCAAGGCCUUUGAUGACUUGGAACAACUCAUUGGGAACCUUGUUGACAGUGGGUUUGACGCACGUACAGCGCAAAACUUACAGAUGAAGUUAAAGGAGGGAAAGAAUUACGUUAAAACGGAUUUCAAAGUAAGAACCUAUGGUAAUAUAAUUAUUAAAUGUGUAAUUCCAGAAAAUGUCCAUACCCCCCCUCCCCCACGGAGGGCAACGGAAAGUCUGAAGGGAGGUGGGUCCAUAAGAUAGCAACUUUUGAGGGGGUGGGGGUGGCAAGCUACUAGUGAUUUUACUCUCAAUCGGUGUUCCAAAGCAAAUUUUUUUUGUCAUCGAUGAUCUUUUAUUUGCAGUCUGCUGAGUGCUUUUUUACAGCUUGUACGAUUUUAUAUAACAAUUGUCGUCGGCUCGUGAAUAAACGUCUGGUUAUCUAUGGGUUGCUUUGUUGCACAAUAUAUCGCGGUAUUCAAUAUAAUGUGGUCAUGGUGUAUUAAUAAGCUUUCUUCUAACACGUUUUUAACUGAAAAGAAGUAAUUGAAGUUCAUUGGUUUAAGAGAAGGGAGUAUGACAAACACCCCCUGAAAUAGAGAUUCCAGGGGGUGCGGGUCUAAAACAAAAGUGCCCUCGGUGAGGGUAUGGAUAUUUUUCUACCUACACAAUCUACCAUGGCUUUCGGCGCUCCUGAUUUGAAGAAGAGUGUACUUUAAAGCACACUGUUUAUAAUGACGAGUGGGAGUGAUACAGUGGGGAAAGUUUUUUUUUUAUUUUUUUUAUUGCGAAUUAUUUGCCAAUCCGAUCUGUCAAAUGAUGCGCUGUCAAAAAUAACAUUUUCGUCAUUGUUUAGUGUCUCUGUCAUAUUUUAUGUAUAUUCUCCAGAAUAGUCUGGUCUCGCUUAAUCUUGCUCUGAGACUAUCUUGCUUCUACAAUAGGUUCACGUUUCCAGCUCUUCGCGCGUGUCAGAUCACUGUAGCCAAUAUGCACUAAGUGACAGUAAAGAUCCUGCUUUUAGAGGUACCUGCACUCAAGAUCAUGACCUGAUAUGCAAUCGCUGUGAAGACCUUAAAGCUGUUCUGUCCGACACCCAAAAGUCAAUUCAGGAAUCCUGCUUCGAGUGCCAGUAUGAUAAGGAGGAUGCUCUUCACAGAUUUCAAGAAGCAACUCGAGCAAUUCAGCUCUGGAAGUCACACCAACUCAGACUUAUUAAUCAGGAUAAUGCCCGUAUAGACGUCAUUGAAUGCCUCGAUGACAGCAAAGUGCUCCUUGUACAAGACUGGGCUAUGAAAUUUCUCCCUCGUCAGUACCGAGAAUCCCAAGGAGAAUGGUUUGCGAAAAAAGGGAUCUCCUGGCACAUCACUGUAGCGAUCAGAAAGAAAGAGAGUGAACUUGAAACACAGGCGUUCGUGCAUGUAGUUGAGAAGUGUAUCCAGGACAGCCCUUGUGUUGUCCAGUUAAUGGAACAUGUUCUUUCUACUCUCAAGAGGGAACAUCCUGAGAUCAAAAGCGCCUUUUAUCGCCAAGACAAUGCAGGCUGCUACCGUGCAGCCAACACCAUCCUUGCCUGUAAAGACAUCAGCCAGCGAUCGGGAAUCUUCAUUCAACAAUUAGACUUCUCCGAUCCACAAGGAGGAAAGGGCGCUUGUGACCGUUUUGCAGCAACAAUGAAAAACCAUGUACGCUCUUUUGUUAACGAAGGUAACGACGUCCUUACAGCAGAGCAGUUUCUUUCUGCAUUUACCUCACGAGGUGGAGUGUCUGGAGCCCGAGUGUCUCUGGUACAAGGCAACAGUUCUAGUAAAACCAAUGUAAAGUGGCCAGGAAUCAGCAAGCUGAACAAUUUUGAGUUUAGCAGUGAUGGAGUGAGGGUAUGGCGAGCUUAUCAAGUUGGCGAAGGAAAGUUUUUCCCUUGGUCAGAAUUUGAAGGUACUUUUUAUCCUCUCUAUCUAUCUCUCUCACUAACUCUCCCUCUCCCCUACUGCUACUCUCCUCCACCCCCCCCCCCCAAAAAGACUUUGCUUCAAUCGUUUGAAAAUUGGUGUUUGGCUUUUUUUAUUACAGUGGGCACUGUUUGAUAUUAACUAUUUUAUGCUUCAGGAACGGAAUAUCCUAUCAGUUCAAUGACGAAUGCCACGUUUUCAAAUGGAGACUUUCGCCCCAUAAAAACCCGAAAAAAGAAACACGAAGUUCAGCAGGAGACGUUAGCCGACGUCGACAGUGAAGAAGAAGAAGAGGAGACUGAGGGGACCGCCUCUGGGAGAUUGUUUUCUUGUCCAAACGAAGGGUGCGUUCGUGUCUAUACCCGUUACGGAUCUAUGGUCAAUCAUGUUACCUACGGAAAAUGCGACUUCAGAGAAGAAAGAGAAUCUGUGAUGGACACUGCAAAGGUCUUGUACAGUAAAAAGCUUUGGGUCAGUGAUGGUCGUAUUUCAGCUACAGCAAACGUCCAUUGCAAUCAAGCAACAUCAAGCGGCUUACACCAGAACGAAGAAGAAGGCUGGGCACUGAAAUCGAUCAAGAAAAACAAACCUUUCAGUGACAAACAGAAAAAAUUCCUAGAAGAAAAGUUCAUGGUUGGCGAAACGACGGGAAGAAAGUUGGACCCUGUAACUGUAGCCAGAGAAAUGAAAACUGCUCGCCAAGAUGGUAACGGAGAGAGACUUUUUUCUUCUUCAGAAGUAUUGACCGCGACCCAGAUUCAAAGUUUUUUCUCUAGAAGGGCAAGAUGUGGGAGAUUUUCCGAAAAUGACCCAGAAAAUCAGGAAGCUGUCCAAGUGGAAGAAGAACUUGAAGACUUUCGGAGAGAUGUAAUAGAGCAAGUGCAACCCAGACAUCCAAUCAUGUAUGAUGUCCACAACUUGUGUGAUCUUGUAGCUUCAGGGAAACUAAAGAAACUCACAUUACCGAAGCUGAAGGAAAUCUGUAGCGCUUUUGAGCUGAAUCUUCCUGAGGAACGGAAGAAAGCCCCUUUUGUAGAUGCUUUGACCAAAUUAGUUAAGAAUUGCUCGUGUUGGUCCUCUUGA